UAUUCGUUUUCUUGUUCGCUCACUCAUUCUCUGAAUCAUAUGUCGUGAUAAAGAUUAAAGACGCAAUUUAUUAGUAUUUAUAGUUAUUACGAAAACAGAAAAGUUACGGUCAGUGUGGGGACAGGCGACUACCGACUGUGUAGAGAUUAGUGAGAGAAGUACAAGGUAGUCGUCGUCUUAAUUUUUAAUUCGAUCACAAGUGUGUCCAGGUCAUUCAGUGUUUCCAGUUCGCGGUUUCUUGAUAGUCCAUUGCCACUAAGCAUCACCAUGUCUUACGCGUACCUGUUUAAAUACAUCAUAAUCGGAGACACAGGAGUGGGCAAAUCGUGUCUCCUGUUGCAGUUCACUGACAAGAGAUUUCAGCCCGUCCACGAUCUGACCAUCGGCGUCGAAUUUGGUGCACGUUUGGUGACCAUCGAGACAAAACCCAUAAAGUUGCAAAUAUGGGACACCGCUGGCCAAGAAGCUUUCCGAUCUAUCACACGGUCUUAUUAUCGUGGUGCAGCUGGUGCAUUAUUAGUGUAUGACAUCACUCGUCGAGACACUUUCAAUCAUUUGACAACGUGGUUAGAAGACGCUAGACAACAUUCCAAUUCCAACAUGGUCAUUAUGCUAAUUGGCAACAAAAGUGAUUUGGAAGCGAAACGGGAAGUCAAGAAAGAAGAAGGUGAAGCAUUUGCUCGAGAGCAUGGAUUGGUAUUUAUGGAAACAUCUGCUAAAACUUCUGAUAAUGUAGAAGAAGCCUUUAUAAACACUGCUAAAGAAAUAUAUGAAAAAAUUCAAGAGGGAGUAUUCGAUAUCAAUAACGAGGCAAAUGGUAUUAAAAUUGGACCACAACAUUCAACUGGUAACAACAGUAUACCUGGCGGAAACAAUCGAUCCAAUGGCAAUGGUUGUUGUUAACUAGUUUUGAAGGUCAACUAAAUAAUAUUAAAUUUGCAAUUUUGAUAUUAUUGCUUUCCACGUGGGUUAUACUUCUUUUUUUUUGAGUGAAUUGUAUUCAAUAUUUAUUAAUAGACCAAGCUCUAUACCAUUGAAAUUAGUGUUGCGAAUAUAUCUAUUUAUAUAAUUAAAUUACUUAUUGGUACUUAUAUAUGAUGAUGGUUUGGUUGUAAAAAUAUUUUAAGUCAUAAACGUAUAACCCAUAAAUAAUUAAAAAAAAUAUUCUUAUACACUUUACUUCUAUAGUUCUAUAUUAUCUUAUUUAAUUUUACGUUUACCCUUAGCUUAGGAACUUAAUUUAUUUAUUUCUAAAAGUUUUAUUUGUUAGAAUAUAACUGUUUUGCUAUAUUUAUAUUAUCUUAUACACGCGAUCAGUAUUCAAAGUUUAAAAGUGUACACUUAAUGUAUUUUACUAAAAUAACUAUGUUUUUAAACUCAGAUAAUUAACAUAACGUAAAAAAUUGAAAAAUUGUUAUUUAAAAUAUGAAAAUUAAUUUUUUAUAAUAGUUAUAAUUACAUGUUGUAUUUACUUUAAUUUAACUUUUGAUACUGAACGCAUAAUUAUCACUAUGGUUUUUAACUUUUAUGUUUAUAAAACUUAUGAUUUUAUAAUCACUUUUUGUGUAAAUACUAAAUAAUGUAUUGUUAAUCAUUUAAUGCCCUUAGAUCUUAUAAUUUAAUAUGCCUCAUUAUAUUAAUUUGAUUGAUGUACAAGUUAGUCACAAUAAAUGUUUAAUCUCUGAUAUAUUUUGAAAAACUAUUUUUAAGGUAAUUAAAAUAGCUAUUAAGAAUUAAGAUACUCAUGAAAUAUUUAUUCCCUUGUUUAUAUGCUAUUCAAUUUGUUAAAAUUUGAUUUUCAAAUAAAUAAUGCUAGUAUUUUAAUGUUUGAUACUCGAGGCAUUUAAAUGAACAUAUCCAACCCACAUCUCGUAGCUCAUUCAUUAUGUAUUAAAAUAUACGAACUAGCUUAAAAGGAAGCUAUCCUUUGUACGCAUAGUCUCCAUCUUACAAAAGUGUAAUACAAAUUUGAGUUCAACAGUAACAAUUUUAUGUUAGCUUAAAUAUAAGAAUGAAUAUUUUAGUUUUCAAGCAAAAUAUGAGUGUGAAAUAUUGCAAAUUCAAAAUGCUCCUUUACAUACAAAAAAGUCUUAAGCAAAGGUAUUGUUCUUACCUUUAAAUUUGAUAUUCACUUAAAUAUUUAAUCCAACAACAGAAAAUUGGUUCUGCUGAACUUAAAAUUGAUAUGUUUAUAACACGGAGACAACACAUUAAAAUAUCAAUUGUUGUCCUUAGGAUCUAUUAGCACUAUUGAAUGUCAAAUAUACGUUUGAAAUACAGUGAAACCUCCCUUAACGGACACCUCUAAAUAGCGGACACCUCUAAAUAGCGGACGUUUUUUCGAGGACGGGAACAUUUUCACUAUUUAUGUAUAGGAAAACCUCUAAAUACAGGACACUCUAAAUAACGGACACUUUUAUGACGUUAAUAUUAGUUAUUUUUAUCUUAAAUUAAGAAUUAUUUUGGAAUACUUGAAUAAAAACCUGAAUUGUUAAGUUA